CCUCCGGAUUGGCCGUGACGUCACGGGUUCGGGACACGCGCUGUAAGCCGCGAGCGUGAAUCGACGCCACGUCACUGAUUGGACAGGGCGUGUGUGACGUCACGAAAAGGCGUCUUGGCGAGAGGUGAGUCUCUAGAAGCGCUAUGGAUUACCUUUCUAAGCCUGGGCUCUUCAGCAUAAUUGCCGGAGUGGCCUGUGGGGUGUGCCUCGGCUGGGGCAUUCGCGGACGGCUCUUCCGCCCAUCCAAAGCCAGAAUGACUGCGGUUGCCAAUGAACUGGGCAACGAGGCCAGCAUUAUGGGUGAAGGUGGGGAAUUCAAGAUGGUGAUUGUCGUUCGGAACGAUCUGAAGAUGGGCAAGGGCAAAGUGGCCGCCCAGUGCUCCCAUGCUGCCGUUUCAUCCUACAAGCAAGUUCAGCGCCGAAACCCUGAACUCCUUAAACAGUGGGAAUAUUGCGGCCAGCCAAAGGUAGUCCUGAAGGCUCCCGAUGAGGAAACUCUUCUGCAGCUCCUGACAGAGGCCAAAUUACUGGGCCUGACGGUCAGCUUAAUCCAGGACGCAGGGCGCACUCAGAUCGCCCCAGGAUGCCGGACUGUCCUAGGCAUCGGACCGGGACCAGCUGAAAUGGUGGAUAAAGUUUCUGGGCACUUAAAACUUUUUUAAAAGGAAAGGAAACAAAUCCUAGAGCAGUGAUAGGGAACAUAAUCCCGAUUGAUUUUCCAUUGUUCUUUUUUUGGAAAUGUAUAAAGUACAUACAUCUA